AUGACAAUAUACCAAUUUUUGCUACUAUUUCUACUCUGGGUAUGCCUGCCACAUUUCUGUUCUCCAGAGAUAAUGUUCAGAAGGACUCCUGUACCCCAGCAAAGAAUUUUAGGUGCACGUGUACCUAGGAGUGAUGGCAAAAUUCUGCAUCGUCAAAAACGUGGGUGGAUGUGGAAUCAAUUUUUCUUACUGGAGGAAUACACAGGAUCUGAUUACCAAUACGUGGGCAAGCUUCAUUCAGACCAAGAUAAAGGAGACGGAUCACUCAAAUAUAUUUUAUCUGGAGAUGGAGCAGGUACUCUUUUUAUUAUUGAUGAAAAAACAGGUGACAUUCAUGCCACAAGAAGAAUUGAUAGGGAAGAAAAAGCCUUUUAUACUCUGCGUGCACAAGCUAUUAACAGAAGAACUUUGAGACCAGUAGAACCAGAAUCUGAGUUUGUGAUCAAAAUCCAUGAUAUCAAUGACAAUGAGCCAACGUUCCCAGAAGAAAUUUAUACAGCGAGUGUUCCGGAAAUGUCUGUUGUAGGUACUUCCGUGGUGCAAGUCACAGCUACAGAUGCGGAUGAUCCUUCCUAUGGGAACAGCGCCAGAGUUAUUUACAGCAUACUUCAAGGGCAGCCAUAUUUCUCUGUGGAGCCUGAAACAGGUAUCAUCAGGACUGCUUUACCAAACAUGAACAGAGAAAACAGGGAGCAGUACCAAGUGGUAAUCCAGGCCAAAGAUAUGGGCGGCCAGAUGGGAGGCUUAUCAGGGACCACAACGGUGAACAUCACACUGACAGAUGUAAAUGACAACCCACCUCGCUUCCCCCAGAACACCAUCCACCUUCGAGUUCUUGAGUCCUCGCCAGUUGGCACAGCCAUUGGAAGUGUAAAAGCAACUGAUGCAGACACUGGGAAAAAUGCAGAAGUAGAAUACCGAAUUAUUGAUGGUGACGGGACUGAUAUGUUUGACAUCAUAACUGAGAAGGACACACAGGAAGGCAUUAUAACAGUGAAAAAGCCACUUGACUAUGAAAGCCGAAGACUUUACACUCUGAAGGUUGAAGCAGAAAAUACCCAUGUGGAUCCACGUUUUUAUUACCUGGGACCAUUUAAAGACACAACGAUUGUGAAAAUCUCCGUAGAAGAUGUGGAUGAACCUCCUGUUUUUAGCAGAUCCUCCUACCUGUUUGAAGUUCAUGAGGAUAUCGAAGUGGGCACGAUCAUUGGUACUGUAAUGGCAAGGGACCCAGAUUCCGCUUCUAGCCCCAUUAGAUUUUCCUUGGAUCGCCAUACUGACCUUGACAGGAUCUUUAACAUACAUUCUGGAAAUGGAUCCCUUUAUACUUCAAAGCCACUUGACCGUGAACUAUCUCAAUGGCACAAUCUAACUGUUAUAGCUGCUGAAAUCAACAAUCCCAAAGAGAUGACUCGUGUGGCUGUUUUUGUCAGAAUUUUGGAUGUUAAUGACAAUGCUCCACAAUUUGCAGUGUUCUAUGACACUUUUGUAUGUGAAAACGCCAGACCAGGGCAGCUAAUACAGACUAUAAGCGCAGUAGACAAAGAUGACCCUUUAGGUGGACAGAAAUUUUUCUUCAGUUUAGCUGCUGUCAAUCCCAACUUCACAGUACAGGAUAAUGAAGAUAAUACUGCCAGAAUUUUAACCAGAAAAAACGGAUUCAAUAGACAUGAAAUAAGUACCUAUCUCUUGCCCGUGGUGAUAUCAGACAAUGAUUACCCAAUUCAGAGCAGCACAGGCACGCUGACCAUCCGAGUGUGUGCUUGCGACAGCCAAGGCAACAUGCAGUCUUGCAGCGCUGAAGCUCUGCUCCUCCCCGCGGGUCUCAGCACUGGGGCCCUCAUCGCCAUUCUCCUCUGCAUCAUUAUUCUGCUGGUUAUAGUAGUGCUGUUUGCAGCUCUGAAAAGACAGCGAAAAAAGGAGCCUCUGAUCUUGUCUAAAGAGGACAUCAGAGACAACAUCGUGAGCUAUAACGACGAGGGUGGCGGAGAGGAGGACACCCAGGCCUUUGAUAUCGGCACCCUGAGGAAUCCUGCAGCGAUCGAGGAGAAGAAGCUUCGGCGAGACAUCAUCCCGGAGACGUUAUUCAUACCUCGCAGGACUCCCACGGCCCCGGAUAACACAGACGUCCGCGAUUUCAUUAACGAAAGGCUGAAAGAGCAUGAUCUCGACCCCACCGCGCCCCCCUACGACUCCCUGGCAACCUACGCCUACGAAGGGAACGAUUCCAUCGCGGAGUCUCUGAGCUCCUUAGACUCGGGGACCACUGACGGAGACCAAAACUACGAUUACCUCCGAGAGUGGGGCCCCCGGUUUAACAAGCUGGCCGAAAUGUACGGUGGCGGGGACAGCGACAAAGACUCUUAA